GAAUGUAAAUAAAAACAGCUUUUUUUUGUUGCCUCCACGUUUGUGCCAAUCUCAGAGUGUUGGUAGUGUGGCGAAAAAAUGCUGUUCUACUAUGGUUUAUUUACGAAAAAUAUAUUUAGCUGUGAUACACUUUGAGUAAUUCGCUUCUUGCACUCUGGGGAGGUUUCGUCGCCAUCGUAACAGUAACAGUGGCAGCAGCCAGUGGUGAUCAAAGACAAUUUCUCAGCUUAAACCGGUGGCGAUUCUAUGGGGAAUCGAAUCAAAAUUCUGUUCAGUACCGUCAACGUUGGAGGAGACAUGUGAGAAUCGAAAUAAAAUCACAACGCAAUAUCUGCUCGAUCGAUUGCAUUAUCGAGUAAUGUGAAUAUGCUAGUAGUUUCGAUUGUUCCAGAGUAUCGUUUGGGAAAAAUAUGGAAGUGAGCUGCUAUAAACGUGUCGACGGAUUGGAAACUGAUGACGAAUAAUUGUUCGACGUCAGCGUGUAAAUAUUUUAAUCGAUCCUAUGCAAUUUAGAAACAAAACAUGUUUUGAGUGAGAGCAACGCAGACAAGUGUAAAUUUGUUGUGUACAGUUAAUUGCGUUAUCAAAAGAAGAAAAAAAUCAGUGAACGGUGCAAAGUAAACAUAAGAAAGAAGUGUCUUGCGUAAAUAAAGUAGAAUAAAAAUAAUCGAAAUAAUAAAACAAGUGUGUAUUGGCCUCUGUUGAAGAUCGUGACGGAAGCCGCAGUGCUUAGUGUGUGUGUGUACUACGUACAGGGAUUUGAUUUACAAAAAUAAUCUGUGACACGGGUAUUAGCGCAAGUGGAUUGCAUGUAAACACACCCAUUAACUCUCACACGUAACUCUGAUACGUAUUCAGUGUCGUCGUAUUCAAAUACAGAUCGGACGGGAGAUCGCGCGCGUGUAGCCGCCGCAAGUUGUAGUUUCCCAGCUGCAACGGUUAGGCUUUGAAGAUGGAUUCUUUCGGGUCACCCUGGCCGGCAUCACCACGAAGUGGUCUGGAAGGUCUGUCAGAUGACGGUGUUCCAAUGGAUGCUCUUGCGGAGCUGCAGGAUGGUACCUUUGAACCGCAGACACGAGCUCGCUCGAACACAUGGCCUCUUCCUCGGCCGGACAACUUUGUCGAGCCAGAAGCUGAAUCCGAAAGCAAUAAGUGCAGCACUCAGCAAUUGGCAACUACAGGUGCCAAUGCAAAUCAACCGCAAUCAGUGUCGUCCACCACCAAGAAAAACUCAUCGCGUCGCAACGCUUGGGGUAACCUAUCGUACGCUGAUUUAAUUACACAAGCAAUUAGUUCAGCAGGUGAUAACCGGCUAACGCUCAGUCAGAUCUAUGAAUGGAUGGUGCAGAAUGUGCCAUAUUUUAAAGAUAAGGGUGACUCCAACAGUAGCGCAGGAUGGAAGAAUUCAAUCAGACACAAUCUAUCACUGCACAAUCGUUUCAUGCGAGUACAGAAUGAAGGAACCGGUAAAUCGUCCUGGUGGAUGCUGAAUCCGGAUGCGAAGCCCGGCAAAUCGGUCCGCCGGAGAGCCGCCUCGAUGGAGACAUCCAAGUAUGAGAAACGACGGGGCAGGACGAGAAAACGGGUCGAAGCGAUCCGACAGCAGGCGGCUCUUGGGUUGGCAACCAACCCUCUGAACGAUGCUACCCCCUCCCCAAGCAGUAGUGUUAGUGAAAAUCUGGAUUCGUUCCCCGAAAGUCCGCUGCAUAGUGGUACCUUUCAACUGUCCCCCGAUUUCCGGCAACGUGCCUCGUCGAAUGCGAGUUCUUGUGGUCGCUUAAGUCCAAUCCAGUCAAUAGUGGGCAUCGAAAACACAUGGACCUACCCGCCAGACCUGGCGGAACUAUCAGACAAUCCGGACGCCAGCCAAACAGUGGAACCAGAGCUCAAUGCACAGGGGCAGACGCAGUUAGACCAGUUGGCUGGAUCACUAGCAGAUGAACUCACUCUACAGCAGACUGAUUUCUUCAAAGGAUUCAGUCAAACUUCGAUCCAUAAUCAACCUCCGCCGCCAUAUCAACCACCGCAGCCGUACUCCCUGCAUGCGACUGUGGCUCAGCCGUUCGGUUUCCAGAACCAGUGUCCUAUCCACCGCCUGCAACAGUGCACCUGCAUGCUGCAAAAUAAUACCCGUGAGAGCAUGUCGCCCGCUUCAGGAACUGGAAUGUCGCCAUCGUAUCCGCACAGUGAACCAUCGCCAGAUUACGCCAUGCUGGUGGGAGCCCGUGUGAUACAGCGAACGCCUUCCACGAGUCCCCCCUUGACGCCCAACACCGUCUGCGGUAUGGUCACUGCGCCUCAGAGCGACAACACCCCACAGACGCUAAUGGGUCAAUUCAUGGAAGCUCUGAACAGUCAAACCAAUAUAGACGACAUAAACAUCAACCUGGAGUCUUUUCCCGGAGGACUAGAGUGCAACGUUGAUGAAGUGAUAAAACACGAACUGAGUAUGGAAGGAUCUCUCGAUUUUAACUUUCCAAUGUCAAACAACAGCACAUACACGCCGACUAACAGUUCUAACUCCCAGGACUCGACCAUUAGUGCAAUAGCCGCGACGCCGAACCAGGCCACGGCACCACAUCCUCAUGGUCAAUAUACAGCAAGGACGAGCGUCACUCCACCGUCAUGGGUGCACUGAGGAUGGCUGUGAAUUGGAGCGUACUAAAAAAUUCCUCCACCGCGAACGGGCCAUUCGCCGAGAGCUGCUGGAGGAAAAGCGCUCCAAUGAUUCUAUCAUCGAUAGCAAAACCAGACUACACCCAAUUAGCUGCUGUGAAUCACAUCGCAGCACACACAAUUCUGGAAGUAUGAAAACAUUCGGUCAAGGCUGUUUAUUAUCGUAUCGGAUUGCAUUGACGGCUAAAAUGAUACUUAUCAAUAUCAUAUAGAAUAUGAUACAGACUACAGUCGGGGUCAUGCUGACCCGAGCCUGAACGGAUUCGAUCUAAACGAAACUUCCAAAGUCCCAUCAUCCCAUCCCUGUUUGGUUCAGCACUGUGGCGGGGUAAACAACAAUUAAACAAAACGAAAAAAAAAUCUGAUACCAGUUUUUGCUGUAGAACUCAAUAAGACAAAUAGUGGAAAUUAGUGCUGUUUUAAGUUGUAACAGGCAUAACCUGGUUUGUAUAGUAAGACUAAGUUUGUUUGUCGUAAGUAUUUUUUUUUUUCUGUUGUUUUGUUUAAAUCAUUGCUUAUGGUUAUAAUUAGUUGGUUGACUUUUGUUAGCAACGAAAUGAUACAUCUAGACUAUUUUUGUAUCUAUUGAAAAUGGUAGUGAUAUUACAGUUAGGCUCAGGCUUAUAGUUAAGCUUAAAAUUAGGUUAUUUAAUUGGAGAGUAUCUGGUCAACUGAUUUUUAUUAUUUGUCACUUUAAAUGGUACCAACAAAGUAUUGAGUACGUUACGACGAGUAAACGAAUUGGUUGUGGUCUUUCAGGCUAGAAAUAUGUGUUCCAAAAACUCCGUGUCCCAGAAGCGAUGGAAGGUUAUUUACAGCGAAAUCAAUAAGGUUUUCUUGUUUUAGGGAACAGAACAUGCCUCUGAAGUCAAACUUUCCCAACAUGGCAUAAUGUGGCGCAUUCAAAAUUUGAGUGGUUGAAAAAUUCAGCAUAAAAUUGCAGUUGACCAGAUUUGUAUGUAAUGUUAUUUCGCGAUCCCCACUAAAACGUGUGACAGGGCAGUUGACGAGAACAUAAUUAUCAUGAACUGAAGAAAAUGAGCAUGAAUUAUAAUUUCAGAAACCUUCGUCAACUAAAAGAUAUUAAAAUGCUUGCGUACAAACUUUUUCUGAUAACCAAGUUUCAUGAAAAAUCGCGCUAAACCGCGGUUUUGUUCCACAUACUGUUAGGUGCUGUUAGGUUAGGAGAUAGGUGCUCAGAAUGGUGCUUUUGUUUACUAAACAAGUGGGAAAUGUAUCAACAGGUGGUUUGUAGAUUUUGACAUAGCUGACAGCACAUAUUCAAAAUUGAGGAAGAAUGAUGCUGUUAAAAGCGAGUACACAAACCACACGCCUUUUGAUUUUGACCUGCUUUUAGCUUGGACGCAUUCUAGCAGCACGCAAGCUUUUUGCUCAAUUGAAGACGUUAGUUUUUGUGCAGCUAUAAUUUUUUUUCAACGCUUUUUGGAACAGCUUUUGAUGAGAGGGAAAAUAUUAGGAAAAGCUAUUUUUCGGAUUUCUGCUUUAUUUGCAAAGAUAAUCAGUGCCAUUUUAAGAAUCUUGAAUGAAUUUCAAUAUAAGAUGCGACGCUCCUUGAAACCGUAAUGGUGCGACAGAUCGAUUGUGAGUAAAGUAACAUUCGCGAUUACAGGAUAUUUUGUACAUAGACAUUUCUACAUCUAGGAAUUGCAUAUAUAGUUACCAAACGUGAUGCUUGGUAAGCAUAUGCCAGCUUUCCCUACCCAACAUAGGUGAUUAUUGAUCAAUUACUGUUAAACAUCGUUUUUUCAAACCCGAGGAUUGAACACGAAUCGAUAGUAGAGAAAGAAUGAAAUUAUUAGAAUAAUCUUUGAAAUGAUGAAAUUGUUUUAAUCAGAAAAUGUACAUAGAACCAGUAGGUAAACCAAUCUGAAUUGGUGGUAAUAAUUAUUCUUAAGUCAACGUGUAAUAAUUAAUUGGUUAUUAGAAUAAUUAAAAACUGUGUAUUCUUAGUAGAAGGCUUGCUAUCAUAGAAAUCAUAACACUCAAAGAUAAUAAGCGAAUGACAACUGAUCGGAAAACAGAAGCCAAGUAGGAGAAUGAAGAGAAAACAACCACAAAAAUACCUUAACCAAUAUCGUCGAAAUUAGUAGGAUAAAAUGAUCUUCAAUGACCAAUGAAUAUCGUGAAAAUCAAUGUGUUCGUUAAAUUAAUAUUAAAUUCCAUUUUCUAUUACUUUUUUAUUCCUUUCGAAGACCUGUUCUUUGCGGUAAAGAAAAAACUUGAUAUUCGAAAAGAAUAUAACGAAGAAAGGAACUUGUUACUAUUGGAAUCGAAAAAACGCGAUCACACUGAUGAUGUACGAACGGAAUCGCUAAAGGUAAUUUAUGAUGAAAUUGUUGCUUCGUACAAAUUAAUUUAUACUGCAAAACCAAGAAUUUGAAAAAGGCGCAUAACACAUUUAUUUUGGGUUGUUAAAUAAAAUUGGAUCAAUAAGA